UGCAUAGCUGAUAUAACUCCCCAAUCUCAAUUAAUGUUCCAGUUUCUGACCCAUAACUUGCUAAAAUUAACUGCAGAAAAAGAAAUUAGGGACUAAAUUGCUAAAACGCAAAAGUAUGAGGGACAUUAGCCCACUAAACUAGUAUAUAAUGUUGUCCUACUUCUGAAAAGUGGUGCUUUCAGAGAGUCAUGGAGAAGGAGGAGGAGAAGAAGAAGAAGGAGAAGGGGAUUCGCAAAGCUCUGCAAACGCACCUCUCGAAGCUGAAGAGGAUGCCGUCGAAUCUAGUUAGCUUCUCGAACUCCGGCCACCCUGCUGCUUCCGCCACGCAUCGCCUUUUGUCGGCGUGCAAGUACCCGAGCACUCCUUCCAUGGGCGCCGGCCGGCACACCGGCGCCACUCUCUCCGACAUCGACCGGUUCCUCUGCGACAACUUUCGUUCGCUCUACGUCCACGAUGACGAGGCACCGCCUGGCUCCGCUCCGUGGAGCGACGCAACCGCGCCAUCAUCGUCAUCUUCGUCGGAUGAAAAAAGCGAGGGCGUCGCGGUGACGACGGUUUCGGUGGACCCCUAUCGCGAUUUCCGGCGGUCGAUGGAGGAGAUGAUGGAGUCGCGGCUCGCGGAUGCUGCGGACCUGGACUGGGAUUUCAUGGAGGAGCUCCUCCUCUGCUACCUGGACCUCAACCAUGGGCGCGUCCACAAGCACAUCCUCAGGGCCUUUGCUGACCUCGCCAUCAGCUUCGGCCGCUCUCGCCGGUGGAGAUCGGCGGUGACAGAGGGGAAAGAGCAAGCCAGGACGUCGUCGCUGCCUGGGAAGAUCUGCAAGUAGCAAUAAUCAUAUAGACAAA